AUGGGGCUUGUGUGGAGGGCCGCGAAGAUGCUUGAUGCGUCAUGGCACGUGGCUUGGGCCGCUGGUACUUAUAAGCAGGAAGAGCCGAUUCUGAGCAUAUGCGCCGUCGCCAUGAAUCCAUGUGCAGCUGAGCAACCGAGUGCCGUUGACGCUUCCUUCGCGCCACGUAGGAUUGUGAUCGACGACGUGCUCAGCCGGCGUGAGUGCGAGGAACUGGCGUUCAUUCACGCGAGCAGCAGCACGGUGGGGUACCGACCGCAUGUGCGCUCCACCACGCUCGCCCAUCUUAUUGCCUCCAACUGCGCUCCGCUCAUGCUCCCCAUCCUCCCCAUUCGAGAUCGCAUCCGAGACAGGGUGGAGGAGGCAUUUGGCAUGCAGCUGGGGCUGUUGGUGGAGUUCACGGGGCUCAUCAGCUGGCUGCCUGGAGCCACCAUUGGCUGGCAUGCUGACGACAACAGGCCCUACCUCAAGCAGCGCGCAUUCGCUGUAACACGCCCAUUUCUCUAUGCUCACUUCGGGUCUGCACUGCUACUGCUCAACUGUGAUGGUACUUGUGUGUGCCUCCUGUUUGUGCAUCAGAGUCCACAUUUUCGUUCUCAUGUAUCGCAGGCAGUGUGUUAUCUGAACGAGUAUGGCAAGGACUUCGAUGGAGGUCUUUUCAGGUUUCGACAGGGCCAUCCUCACACCGUCACUCCCAAGCCCGGGAAGGAAGGACACAGGGGACCGGAAGAGGGGGGGAAUAGUGAAGUGGAGGGAGGGGAGCAGCAGGGAGGGAGCGAGGCAGAAAUAGAGGAGCAGGGAGAGGGAGUGGUUGAUAUACGGAUACAGGAGCUAGCCAGUAUGGGAUGGAAGGAUGUCCCAUUCUUGCAAACCAACUGCAAUGCCACGAUGCAGCCACCACCUGGAAGUGAUGAUGCAGGGGUCGUGCAGACGGAGUCUGAGUGGGUGGUGUUAGUUCCUACUUCAAGAGAGAUGGAGAAGGACGUGGCAGAGGGGAAGGAGAGGCAGGGACAUGCAGCUGAAAUGUGUGAAGAGUCCAUGGAUGGAAGUGACGGCCAGGGCGGACCUGAGGAGAGAGGUGGAGGAGCGCGAGGGGACUCUGUUGGAGAAAAAGCAAGCGUGUUGAUGACAUCGGUUGUGUUCUACAAUAUUCUGCAUGCGUUACAGGUUGCAGCUUUCCACAGAUGGCUGAGUUAUCCAAUGACAGAAGAGCGGGAUCGUCACAACUGUGGCAAAUGUAAACCAUACUGCCAAUGCACCUGCGAGAUGGACGAAGAGCAUGGCCAAUUUCUGCCAGAAGUCCUCACGGAGUUCUUCAGACAUGUCUACGCAGCGGAUGCGCACUCGCAGGCCCAGCCUCCAGGUUCGACCUCAGAGCAAGGGGGCGAGGAUGGAACCAGCCUUGAUCGUGUAGCUGCUCCGAUUGAUUCGCCUCAAGGACUCGUCAGAAGCGCAGGAGAAUCAGACGCAGCAAGACAUCCUGGAGGGGAGGAUGAUAUGGACAACGCGGAUCCGCCUGCUGCGCCUGCUGAAGGGAGUGAUGGGCCAACGGAUGUCGCCGAGGUUGGCGGUGAAGCACCAGGACAACGGAAGAAACGCAAGAGACAGUCCACUGUGGGCAUGAGAGCAGGAGACCUCCCUGUAACCAAACCAGCUCAACGCCUUUGUUGUGGCAUUCUUCGGCUAUUCGUUCAAGAAGCAGUAGGCCGUGCAACAGAGCAGGCAGAGGUGGAAGGGUCCACUGAGAUUGAAGGACCUCAUUUAGAGAGGAUUCUACCAAAGCUGCUCUUGGACUUCUGA